AGCGUUAAGUAAAAUUCGAAAACAGAUUAAACCUAGACAAACACUAAUAGUCUAAUCCUCGGUAUUUUGCUACAUUGUUGUGCUGAAUUGCAACAAAUCUUCGCCUGAAACGUGUGGUGGAGCCUCUGUGGGCCCUACCUUCUGACCGUGUAAGAGUAAUAGGCUGACUAAAACAGCUAUUCAUGAGCCAUUCAAAUACAAUGCAAACUAGUCUACAGUUGUAGGCAAAUCACAGUACUGCACACAGUAACGUUGACAACUGUAAGUACACAGCACGCAGUGUUUGGUAAACCUGCACACAGACAUCAUUUAGAAAAUCUACAGAUUAGCUAUAUUUAUUCUUUUGCUUAGUACUCUUAUAUUGGUAAUCUUCUGGCUAUAUUACUAUUAAGCCUGCCAAUUCUGUAUGUAAUUUUUGAAUCCUUGAAAAUGCAGCUUCAUCCUGUUUUAUUAAAGCUAGAGUGGUAGCCUAAUUGUACAGUAUCUGAUCACACUGGACAACUGGAAGAGGGGGAACUGCAUUUGGCUUGUGAUUUUACCAACCGUGUGUAAAUCCAGGCACUUGGUUUAAGCAUGUUGUGUGUAAAAGAAUUAAGAUUAAAAUCAUCCUUUUAUGAUUGGGAAAACAUAAUUCUAAUGCUUCGGCUGGCUUUGCCAGCUGUUUAUGUUAGUGGACAUGGAUAGGAUUAGAGAUUUAUUGACUGGGAUUUUAGCUUUUAGGAUUAUAGAGAUGCUCAGUGAUAUUGCUGGUUAUGGCCUUUCUGUGAUCCAGCUUUAUAUCUGUGAAACAUUGCGUUAUUAUUGUUUAACAGUACGGAUGAGCUCACUUGUCUGUAUUACUGAAGACAGAGUUACAUUUUGUAUUUUUUAAUUUAAAUGGAAAUGUAGGAGACGCUUUUGGAAAGUAGCAGGCACAGACUGCCCUUAAGGGACCCAAGAACAGCUAGUGAUCUACAACUCCAGGCUGUUUGCCACUGCUCAUUGUUUAUCAUGCAGUCAGCUGACCCUGAUCAGGCGCUUGGAAAGGAGAAGUGAUGAGGGAGAGGAACUCCUUAACUAUCAACAAGUGCCCUGGUAGCUGGAGUAAGGUAAUUGAAAAAGCAGAGUAAAAUGAGUGAACUGGACCAGUUACGCCAAGAGGCAGAGCAGCUCAAAAAUCAGAUCAGAGAUGCCAGGAAAGCAUGUGCAGAUGCCACACUAUCACAGAUCACAGCUAAUAUUGACCCCGUUGGCCGAAUCCAGAUGCGUACAAGACGAACGCUGCGGGGUCAUUUGGCUAAAAUCUAUGCCAUGCAUUGGGGAACAGAUUCCAGGCUCUUGGUCAGUGCCUCUCAAGAUGGCAAACUCAUUAUUUGGGACAGCUAUACCACAAAUAAGGUUCAUGCCAUUCCACUUCGAUCUUCCUGGGUCAUGACUUGCGCGUAUGCACCUUCAGGAAAUUAUGUGGCCUGUGGUGGCUUAGACAACAUCUGCUCGAUUUACAACCUGAAAACACGCGAGGGGAAUGUACGCGUGAGCCGUGAGCUCGCUGGACAUACAGGAUAUCUGUCCUGCUGUCGCUUUCUUGAUGACAACCAGAUUGUUACAAGCUCUGGAGAUACCACUUGUGCCCUUUGGGACAUUGAGACUGGCCAGCAGACAACUACAUUUGCUGGACAUACAGGUGAUGUCAUGAGCCUGUCAUUGGCCCCUGACUCGCGGUUAUUUGUCUCUGGUGCUUGUGAUGCUUCAGCUAAACUCUGGGAUGUUCGAGAGGGCAUGUGCAGACAGACGUUCACCGGCCAUGAGUCUGACAUCAAUGCCAUUUGUUUCUUCCCUAAUGGCAACGCCUUUGCCACGGGCUCCGAUGAUGCCACCUGCAGGCUGUUUGAUCUGCGUGCCGAUCAGGAAUUAAUGACCUACUCUCAUGAUAAUAUCAUCUGUGGCAUCACCUCUGUUGCAUUCUCAAAGAGUGGCCGUCUUCUUCUGGCGGGAUAUGAUGACUUCAACUGUAACGUGUGGGACACAUUAAAAGCUGACCGUGCUGGUGUCUUGGCUGGACAUGAUAACCGUGUUAGCUGCCUUGGAGUCACUGAUGAUGGCAUGGCAGUUGCAACGGGAUCCUGGGACAGUUUUCUGAAGAUCUGGAAUUGAAGCCUGAAGAUGUUCUUUUAACUCCAAAGUUGACUGGAAGACCAUUACAACUUCAGAAUGUUCACAGCAUCUUCUUCAACACUGUUUAAACUGACUUGGACACCAGAAAAACGAAGGGAAACCAAUGCCUUUCCUACACAAAGAAGAGCACAAUUGUUUAUCACCUAGUUAAGAAAGGAUCUCCUGUGGUAUCAAAUCAGAAACUUGUGCAUUCCUUCUUGGACCAUUUUAUGUUACCUUGAAAGAGAAAACAACACUAUCAUCCCAUGCAAAUGUGUGCGUCUUGAAAGCAAAUGUCGGAGUGUAAUUGUACAAAUUAUUUAACUUUUUUUUUUUUUUUUAAGAAUUCUAUUCUGAUGGUUUGUUAUUCUUGAUGGCUUUCUUUUUGUCAUAUUUCUUUAGUGGUUUUAGAUAUGUUUGAAUUACAGCUUGUCUUUCUAAUCCAGUUAAAUCAUAUAAGACAGAUGAGAGAAAACAUGCAGCAAGUAAUGCAAGUAAAAGCUUGGAUCAUAUUACACGAGCAGCUUUCAAAAUGUCCAUGAUGUAUUUAUAUACUAGCUGUUUUUGUUUCAUCACAGCCUUUUGCACAUGAAGAAGCUUUGCCUCUCAACUAAUACUAUGUUAACUAACCAAGCACAUGCUAUAAGUUAUGAAUGCUCAUUCCAGUACAAAAGGAGUUAUUACGAGUAACUUAUACAGUUAACCCCCUUACUUCUUGUACAUGCCUUUGACUUUGGGUGGGAAGGGGUGGGGUAGCAAGGUAGGUGCUGAGAUAAUUAGGGCAUGGAUGAAUUUUAUUAUAUGGAUGGGGGAUUGUGCUUAGUAUCCACUUUGAGUGAAACACCUCACCUGACUAAAUAGACACUUCCUUUGCUUGGGACUGCAGUUGCAACUCUGUGAAUGAAAUGUACAAAUCAAUGUCUGAAAAUAAUGGUCUAAUGUUUUAAGUUAAGACAUUUAAUUUUGUCUGCCAUGAGUUAAUUUAGAUGUGCAUGCUGUAGACUUGCUUUCAAUGGUGCAAAAUCCUAGAUUUUUUUUUGUUUUGUUUUGUUUGUUUCUGAAGAGGAGAGUAACAUAUGGAUUUGAACUUAAUAGAAGCCAAUUUUUUUGGCUCCAACUCUGCAUACAUCAUGUACUAAUACUGGUAACGCUAUGCACCAGAGUGAGCAAGAAUGGAGAAAGACUUAAUAUUGAUCGCAUACUUAGUGUAAAUUAUGCUUACCAGUUCUAUUGAUGCCAAUUUUUGUAAUAAUUAUAACAAUCAUUGUGAGAAUUCUAUCCUUGAUGAGUCCUUUUCUCUCCUUCAAAUCUUCACACUUAAUGGAACAAAAUCGUCCUCACAUGCUGUCCAUGCUAAAACUUUUGUACAUUUUUUUUUUCUUGGUCUUAAAUUGAAAAUUGGAACAUCUGAAUGACAACAUUUCACUGUAUACAUAAGCACUUUUGUUAAAGUUGUGACAUAUUUUCACUUUUCUUUUUUUUUUCUGCAAUGAUGUACAAUAAAUGUGAUGUAUUCGUGUGUGGCCACAAGUGAAAAUGCAAUUCAACUGAGAUGGAUUCCCUUUUCUCUUUCCAUUAAUAUUAUAGAGCUCUGCACCCUUAUGUACCUUUCACUUUUUGUAUUUCAUUUCAGUCUGUUGGUGUUACACGGUGAGCUGGAUGCAAGAUAGAUACUGUACUAAAUUGUACUGUUAUUGAUUGAAAAAUGUAAUAAAAAGCUGUUUGAGA